AUGGGCUGCUCCCGCGCGCGCCGCCAGAGGACCGCCAAAAAGGCCCGCGCGCGGGGUCGGGGGGGGCGGGCGAGAGACCGACACAACCAGGGCCCCGCCGCGCCGCCUGCUCCGGCCAGCCCGGCCGCGCCUAGCCCAAGGAGAAAGCCUUUCCACGGCGACGCCCACUCACCAGAGGAAACGAGGAGCCGGACGGCAGUCUGGAGGUCCCGGCUGCGCCACCGACGCACGCGCCUGGGGCCGGCGAGCAGGCGGCCCGAGGCGGAGGUUCCCGGGAAGGCUUGGCGGGGCUGUGCCUCAGCAGCCGAAGGAACGCUGGCAGGGCACGCCGGCAGCCAUCACUUUGGCGGUGUACGCCCGGCCGCUACUUAUAACGGGCGCGCGUCCACGUGGGGACGACCAGCCCCCCCACCCCUCCCGGCAGCUGGCGCUCACCCCGCAGCCUGGCCCACUCCCCAUAGCCCGCCUCCUCCCCGCAACACGGCCCCCUCCCUGCAGCCCGCCCUUCCCCUCAACCCGGUCCCCUCUCCGCAGCCAGCGCGCUCCCCUCAGCCCUCCCGCUCCUCGCAGCCCACCCUCCUCUCAGCGCGCCCUCCCCGCAGCCCGGCGAGCUCCUCGCUACCCGCCCCCUCUUCCUCUCCGCAGCUCGGUGCCCUGCCCGCAGCCCGGCGCGCUCCUCGCGACCCGCCACCUCUCCCUCUCCGCAGCCCGGUCCCCUCUUCCGCAGCCGGCGCGCUCCCCCUCAGCCCUCCCCUUCCCCCACAGCCCAGCCCCCUCCUCGCAGCCGCGCCCGGGGUCUUUGCGCUCUCGGGGUCCGCCACCCGGUUGCCGCAGGCGGCGGAGGACCCUCUUUCUGCCGCCGGAGAUGGCCACGCUGGGUCACAGAGGCCGCGACCAAGGUCACCCCCUGUCCGUCCCUCGCGGGCCGCGUUUCGCGUUGCAGGCGCGUCUCAAGCCUCACUCCAGCGCUCUGUCGUGCCCUUGGGUGAAGACGGGCUGGGGAGUCACGAGCACCAGGUUGUGGUGCAGAGCCACUGGACGAUUGCAGGCCCUUCGCGAGACUGUGGCGCGGGAGACACUGACCCCCACUUGCCGCAGUGUGUCACCAUGAGCAAGUCCCACUGCGUCCGGGCUCCGAGCUCACGGAAGAUGAAGAAGAUGAGGCACAGGGAAUGAAGUAACAAUUAAACCAGCGAAGAACCUAACAAACUUCAGCUUUGUGGGCACUUUCCUGGCUGUCACUCCUCAGAACCCUGCUCUGCUUCCUGGACAGGAUGCUGCCUGAUUUCAUGCAUCAUUGAAGAAAGCAAAUUUGAUCGUUAAAUCUACUCGGAGAAUGAAUUUUGGUUUUUAACAUCUAGGAGUAUCAAGUUAAAAGUAUCCCGCCUUAGAACCCCAGUUUUCUGAUCUAAGCCCCAAAUAACUACUAUCAACAGCUCCUGUAAAGUCAUUAGUUUGCAUUUACGUACCGCUCAUUUGUCCAUGAUAUCUCAAUAAAGUGUUUUUCUAAUUUCUUGUGAUACACAGGCCAA